AUGAACUUUACCUCCGGCGCCGACGCGUUCCAGCUCCUCUCUUUGGACCAUAUCCGGAGCCAGCUCAUCCGUCUCGAAGACACCAUCAUCUUCUGCAAAGCGCAGUUUGCAUACAAUAAGCGGAUCUACGAGCCUGGAGGAUUCAAGAAUGAGAUCAACUUCGAGGGUAGUUGGCUUGACUGGUUCUUGUUUGAGAUAGAGUCUUUCCAUGCCAAAGCGCGGAGAUACACCAGCCCGGACGAACACGCCUUCACCCCGCUCGACAAACUCCCCAAACCCAUCCUCAAACCCCAAGAAUUCCCCUCCCUGCUCUACCUCCCCGCAGCCGAGCAUCCCUCCGUCAAUGUCAACAACCGUAUUCUCGACUUUUACAUAAAACAUAUUGUGCCUGGCGUGACCGUGGGCAAAGGCGGGUUGGAAGAUGAUGGGAAUUAUGGAAGCUCGGCUACGAGGGAUGUGGAGGUGUUGCAGGCGCUGAGCAGGAGGAUUCAUUUUGGCAUGUUUGUCUCUGAGAGCAAGUUCCUUUCUGCCCCGCACGACUUUAUCCCCCACAUCCUCUCUUCUCCUCCCAACACGGAAGCCCUCGCCGGCCUGAUCACCAAGCCCGCCGUGGAAGCCAAGCUCCUUGUACGACUUGCCAACAAGGCCCGGGUGUAUGGCGGUGAGAUGGACGCGGAUGGAAAGGUGAUUGAGGUGCCGGAUGAAGAGUUUGCGUUGAGGGGCAAGAUUGAUCUGGGGUCUGUUGUGGGGAUGUACAGGGAUUGGGUCAUCCCUCUGACCAAGGAUGUCGAGGUGGACUAUCUCAUCCAUCGCUUGGACAAUGUGCCGCAAUCCCAGAUUGAUGACUGGUUGGCGAAGGGCAAGAGUCAAUAG